AUGAGCGGGGUGCUGUCAGGGGUAACCACAUCUGUCAACCCUUCUUGGCCAAUAAAGAGCGGAGCGAGGCGGACCACAGGUGCGCGCCUCUGCGUCCCCUUGGCACAGCGCCCGGGAGAUGCUGGAGAGAGACGCCGAGCUGCCCCGUGGCGCAAAAGAGUUACUGUCAAAGGCAGCCUCCUUUUAACUCCAGCUAUCACUCUGGCUCCGAUAGUUAUGGCGACUGCAACAUCCAACCACUACAGCGUCCUCACCACCCCCAGCAGCGCGCCGCCGCCGCACUCGGAGUCCGGGAGCAUGCAGCAGGCGGCAGCGUACAGGGACGCGCACACCCUGCUCCAGAACGACUAUAGCACAUUACCGGGCGGUGGACAUCCGCUCAGCCACGCGCACCAGUGGAUCGCGGCGCUGUCUCACGGUGACAGCGGGGCGCCCUGGCCAUCGAGUCCCCUCGGAGAGCAGGACGUGAAGCCCGUGCUGCACGACAGUGACCGAGAGGAGCUGCAGAACUCCAGCAGUCUGCAGCAGCAGCAGCAGCAACAGCGACACCCUCACCUCGCGCACCAGCAGGCGCAUCACGACGCCAGAGCAUGGCGAACCAGCACAGCCACCACGCACAUCCCCGGUAUGGCGACAUCUGAGGGCCAGAGCCUGGUUUACUCCCAGUCCGGAUUCGGGCUGAUGCCAGGGGGAGAGCAAGGGGGGAUGCACCACCACCCCCUGCGGGACGAGGACCACCACAGCCACAGCCCGCACCUCAGCGAUCACGGAGGCGGCCCCGGGGCCCACCAGCAGUCUCUCUCACACCAUCACGGGGGCCAUCAGGAUCACUCAGACGAGGACACGCCGACCUCCGACGAGUUAGAGCAGUUUGCCAAGCAGUUCAAGCAGCGACGCAUCAAGCUGGGCUUCACCCAGGCGGACGUGGGGCUGGCUCUCGGGACGCUGUAUGGAAACGUCUUUUCUCAGACCACCAUUUGCAGGUUCGAGGCGCUUCAGCUCAGCUUCAAAAACAUGUGUAAACUCAAGCCCUUGUUGAACAAGUGGCUGGAGGAGGCGGACUCCACCUCGGGGAGCCCCACGAGCCUGGAUAAAAUCGCAGCACAAGGACGGAAAAGGAAAAAGAGGACCUCCAUCGAGGUGGGCGUCAAAGGGGCUUUAGAGAGCCAUUUUCUCAAAAGUCCAAAACCAGGAGGAGUGGAGAUCACCUCCCUGGCGGAGAGCCUGCAGCUGGAGAAGGAGGUGGUGAGGGUUUGGUUUUGUAACAGACGACAGAAGGAGAAGAGGAUGACACCCGCUGGGGGACAGAUACCAGGAGGAGAGGAUAUGUACGGGGACAGCCCUCCUCAUCACGGAGGACAAACUCCUGUGCAGUGACCCCCAGACUAUACUGUGAGCAAAACACGGACCCCUUAAGGAGGAAUAAUGCCUCCUUAUUUGUUUGAUUCUCUGUGCUGGACCACUCCAAGCUGGACCUCAGCCAGUUUAAAUGUUGGACCCACGGACACACACAGUGGGGAUAUACAGUGGCACUCCAGCACGAAGAAUGCGCAGAGCAGAGAGCUGUGUGGAGAGGGUUCAUGCCGCGGAACUGCCGAGCAUACUGGGAUAUGCGGCUGGUGUGUGCUAACCAAAAAAAAUGACGAAAAACAGCGACAUUGAAAUGCUUUUCUAAACCUUAAACCGAGGCGCCAAUGUUUCCUUAUGUAAUGUGUCAUUAAAGAAAGGCAGAGUGGUAAGUGGACACAAGGUGUCCGCGGGGGGAACAUUUAGAAACAAGCUCCGGGCUCGAUGAUAAGUCGCAGUCAGUGUGGGUAAAUAAACGCCAUCUUUCCAUCAUAACAAAAGCAACAGGGGUUCUUCCCAGCUCGUGGCUAGAGAGGGCUGC